AUGAAAUAUGAUGAGAUUAAGAUAGGUGAUGAUGAUACUAAUGAUAAUGAUGAAUUCUGGACAGUUGAUGAUGAUAUUGAAGAAGAUGAUAAUAUUGAAAAAGUUGAUGAUAUCAAUGAUUGGUGGGAUUGUAAUAAACCAUAUACCAGAUAUGAUUAUAUAACCCAUUUUAAAAGAGAAGUAAAGGAUAAAUUAUUUAAUACAUUUUCUAAAUUUACUGCAUUUAGAAUUAUAGAAUAUAAUAUGCUUUUGGAAACAUUAUCUGAUCUUAGAAAAG